GUCCGGUUGACCCAACGCACAUCACUCAGCGGAGAUGGGUUGGCCCCCGUUACCGUCAUGGCGGGCUUGGAGGAACGGUUUGAAGAACCGGAGGAGGCGGUGGAGAUCCAAGUGCUCAACGAGGACUUCUCCAUCUUGAGCUUUCAGGAGCCUUUGGAGCGAGCUGAUAGUGCUUGGCUGGAGGCGGCCCUGCAAAGCGGCGGUGGAGUCCUCCAAGUCUCGGGCCGCACAGUCUGUGCCGUGCGCGACGAUUUGGCGGUGAAGCGAGUUCCUUGCCAAGCACACACCGUGGACAGUGGCUGGACAUCGCUCCGCGUCAGCGCGCAGGAUCUUCCCUUAUCGGCCCUGGUUGCAGUGGCUUACCUUGGCCCCUGCCUUGCACGCAGUGGGCUACCCUGGCGACAGGCCGGUGAGGCCCUGCUGGUACGCAAGAGGGAUCUACCACUGGCAACGGCCAUGUGGGUCCAGGCGGGACACCUCGUGUGGCCCCUCAGCGCGCUCACCAGUCCGUCACCAUCCAGCGAGCCUGGCUUAGAGGUUCCGGGCCACGGCGUGUGGCGCCUCGAGAAGAUCGAAGCACCGGUGGGCGUUGUCCAGGAACUCUUUAGCGGCUCGGAGGGGGCCAUUCGGAUUCAAAGCCGCUGUGGCUUUUACGCCGAGGUGCGGCCCUCGGAAGAGGCCAGUUGCUGUGGCCGCUGCACGGCGCUCCCCGCUGCACCGGGCGUCGGGCCUGGCGUGGUGGUCUCCAAGAGCUUGGUGAACUUCCAACCGCCUCGCGCGGGCUUUUGGUACGCGGAGAGUGGAGUGGAGGUGAUAUGGAAUUUGCGUCCAGAGCAAGAAGCUUUAACCCUGCCCCGGCACUUCGUGCGCGCCCACGACGAGGCCAUGGAGGUGAUCCACAGCCUGGCCUCCUUGCGCGGCUCCGUGUUGUCGCGCAGCGCCGAGCGCUGGCGGCGCCUGGAAGGGGAGAAGGCAGUGGUCUUGGAGUUAGCCGACGACACGGCGAAGCGCGUGGGCCUAUGGCUCUUCUGUGGUCGCUACUUCACGCGCGUGCUGGGACACGAGGGCGUCGUCAGUAGCUGUUGCUGUGCCUCCCUGGGGCGCUUGAAGAGGAUGCGCGGCCAUGUCGUCGAGGACGAUUUGCGCCGAUAUGAAGCGCUGGAGGGAGAAGUGGAGGCCAAGGGUGAGCUACGGAUCACCCGUGAUGUCUGGCGACAAAGCGAGGGCGUGGUGCUUUUUUCCUCAGAGAGGUCUAGCGCGCAGCUGAAGCGUUCAGGUGGUCAGGCUUCUCUUCUCCUAUGCCUUCCCAGUGGCGUUGAGGAAUGGAAGGUGCACCGAUGGGAGUUUGAUCCCUUCGAUGUCGAAGAGGAGGUGCAGGCGCCUCGCAGUGUCCGUCCAGAGCCUCCAAGGAAGGUGGCAAAGGUGGCGAAAGUGGCCUUCAAGGCGCCCAGCAAAGAGGAGCAGGCAGCUCAAGCAGCCAAGGCUUCCAAGUUCGCCUCUGCAGUGGCGGCGGCCGCCAAAGCCGUGGCCGCCGCCACGGAACGGCCGCCCUCCAGCGAGGCGCCGCAGCUGCCGCAGCUGCCGGUGUUCAGCAGUGAAGGUGAGCCUGCCGAACUCGCCGGCCGAACUCGUGCGGCAGCUGCGAGUGCCGGAACCGCCGCAACCGCCAGUGCCGAGGCAGCACAGGAGCCGGCCGCGCAGGUCCCAGCGCAGACAGAGGCGCCGUUGUCGGCGACACAGGCGGAGCAGCUGGAGCAGCUGCGGCAGAUUCUCAGUGGGCAGGUCUCGGCGUCCACUGGCUCGGCGGAGAAGCCGCUGCCGCCCUGGAAGAGGCCGACAGCGACGCAGAACGCGCCAAGCGACGGCGACGCCAAAACGGAGCGCCACAUGCGCGAUGCCACGUCGCUGCGCUGUGAUGUUCACGAAGAAAUGGAGUACACCGACUUGGAACCGGGCCUUCAGCUCCCCGGCGAGACGAAAGCGGUGAGCCGUGCAUGA